CUUCCUAAUUUCUAGAGCAGAAUGUAUCGGCCAUUCUAUGUACGGAGCCCACAAUACCCUCAUGGCUUCUGUUCACCUCGGGAGAGCUCCCAUGCCCAAAAACCAGAAAGCCAAUGGCGACCGCUGAGGCCCAGGGCCAGGGCCCUCUUGUUCUCCGCAAGUUCUUGUUGAGUUCUUGUCUCUUUCUGGAUGCGCUGGCGGCGGGUGCGAUUCCAGCGCUUCUGCCGUUUGUAGUUACAGCUCGCCAUGUCGCUUCAGACGCCCGCGAAGUGGCACAGCUUCUGGCGAUCAACUAUGGCUGCACCCUCGGUGCAAUGAUCCCUUCUGGCCUGCUGCUCUUGUACAGCUGGCACGUGCCUCUGCUGGCCGCGGGCCUCUUCUCGCUCCUCGGGGUGUGCCUGUUGCUCGGGGUGAGCGCCCAUUCCGAGUGGCAGCUGCAGCUGGCCAUGGUGCUGGCAGGCUGCAGCGCGGAGUUCACUUUCGCUGGAGCGCUUGCGAUAGUGAGCAAGCUGCAGGCAAGCGAGCAUGCUCCAAAAGGGACGCAGAAUGGAAGGUCUUUGGGGAAGAGCAGUGAGGUUCAUAGUGGACAGCGCCGGUCCUUCGAUGGUCACUCCCUCCAAUUCACAGAUGAGAACAGAGGCCUGGUCGCUGGCGGGAAGCAUCGGAAGCAGCGGUCUGGGGUGAACUGUGUGGAGCCAGGUGGAGGGGCUGGUACGCUGGAAGAAUGCGAGCUGCGAACUGGCACCUCAGAUGCGGGCCACGAUGCAUUAGGUUCUCUGGUGCAACGAUGCCUGAGUCCAACCUGUAAGAGUCCUGAGGUGCGGAGUCCUCGGAGCACAGCCAGUCUUGCUUUUAGUGAAGAGCGCAGCUUGACACCAGUGAAUCUGGAGGCUCCUGCCAUCGCAACGGAUCUGGUCCAGGACGUGGGUCUCCUUUUUGGCGCCCAGUCACUGGGUUAUGCCUUGGGGCCUUCUCUGGUUCCUCUAAUAUAUGGGUUCAUACAAGCCUGGGUGCCCUUUCUGGUGAUAGGCGCUUUGACUGCUGUCCUACUUCCACCCCUUCUCUUCUUGCUCCUUCCUGGCCGGACAAAGCCGCGCAGGCACCAAACGGGUCACGGUUCAGCUUGGGGUGGUCACAGAGAAAGAGGUGAAGCUGAUGAAGACACCUCAAGCAAGGACGACGUCCCUCUCCUUGAGGCUGCCACCGACCUUAGAAAGCCUGCCAAAGAGAAAAGGAGCAGCGGCAAUUCAGUUCCGUCCUUAUCGGACCCAGAGCUGAAAGCCAAGCAGCAGGGCACCUCUGCAUUACGAGCUUUCAGGGAACUGAUGACCAGCCCGCAUGCGCUCCCUGCCAUCGUUGCGCUUCUUGUAGAGGGAGUUGUCGUUGGCUCCAUUGACACAGUCGUGCCAAGCUUUCUGAAGGACACGUGUCACACUUCGCUCAGCGCAAGUGGCUUCGUCCUCGGAGGGUACGCGCUCGCGUACGCUGUGGUUGUUUACAAAGGCACGUCAUGGGUACUCCAACGGGUCGGAGAUCUCCACACAAUGGCCGGGGGGAUGGCACUCAUGGCGGCCGCUCUCCCCGUGCUCUCCCUGCAGACGCUCUGCGGAAAGUUGUGGGGACAACCGCUGGUGAUGGUAGUCAUUGGCUCGGGGAUGGCGCUGAUGAGCGGACCCAUCUUUCCUCGUUUGCUUCGUGCAUUGGAGAAGAGAGGAAUCGAGAGCGAAGGGCUUGCGGUGAUUGUGUAUAACGUCCUCUAUGCGGGAGGGAUGGUCGUGGGGCCGUUAAUUACUUCGUUGAUUACAAAGGGAAACUUGAGUAGCCACUUUCUUUCCUUACUGAGUAUUGUUUUGAUGUUGACAGUCCUUGCCAUCUACUUUCUGGAUUGCAUAAUGGCACGUGAUGUUAAGGUGAAGGCUCAAGAAGUGGCUUUGACACGAACUACUAGCAAUCAUGAGGUCUAGUUCGCUUUACACUUUUCAAUGUCAUUGUAAUGGCUGCAUUCUUUGUAAACGAAGCUGGUGUGAGCGCUAAUUUGACUCAUCUACGGCGACCACCAGUCGGAGGCAGGACCCUUGAAGACGCUAUCAAGGCACUUUAUGCUGCACGUACAAAGUCCUCAUUGGUAGGGAGACUGGUGCCAGAUAGAGUCGAAUUCAAAGUCUUAAAUAAGAGUUGACAGCGCACAAUCAAGGCAGUCAGCCACAAAGGAUAUUUCGCUGAGUUUGAGAUUCUAAGCGGGUAAUCCAUUCAAGGGCAAAACUGCGCGCCCCAAUCGCGCCAUCGCUUGAGAGUUCGUUGGGCUGGAGGGGUC